UUGCCUAUAAUUGCAUUUUUGAUACCUGUGGCUCUCAGGUUUAUGUAUAAUGUUUGCGUAUCAUUUGGUAGAUGGUGGGCGGUAUAUACAGUAGUUGUUGUUAGAGUUUACUGAAGUUUGUGGUUGGUAUGGUGAGGAGAGCAAAUGCUCUAACUGGAUUGGCUGAUGAAGGCCUCCUGGAUACGACUGCUGAAACGAGCAACAGGGAACCGAGUCAAGAACAACAUUGGUGGUUCAGCGGACUCAUACACUAGUCGGCCGUCUGACUCGGAUGUGUCUCUGGAGGAAGAUAAAGAGACCUUACGCAGAGAAGCUGAGAGACAGGCUCAGGCUCAGCUCAAAAAGGCUGAGUCUAAACCAGUGGCGUUUGCAGUACGUACUAAUGUUGGCUACAGCGCUUCUCUUGAAGACGACGUCCCUGUGCCUGAAAUGGGAAUCUCAUUUGAGGCUAAAGAUUUCCUUCAUGUUAAAGAAAAAUUUAAUAAUGACUGGUGGAUUGGUCGCUUGGUGAAAGAAGGGUGUGACAUCGGUUUCAUCCCAAGUCCGCUGAAGCUUGAAAGCAUUCGCAUCCACCAGGAGCAACGUGUAAAACAAGGAAAAUUUUACUCAAGUAAACUAGGGGCAAACUCUUCAUCCAGUUUAGGAGACAUUGUUUCAAACUCACGUAAAUCAACCCCUCCAUCCUCAGCUGUGGACAUAGACGCUGCAGGGUUAGAUCCGGAGGAGAGUGACCCUCCUCUCCAUCAGCGUUCACCCAAAGCCAGCCCAAACACAGUAAUAUCCCCUUUAGCCCGUGAGAAACGAAUGCCUUUCUUUAAGAAGGUAAAGGACGCUCCCUCGCUCUGCAUCUGUCCGUCACAGCAGCAUCGCGCAGAGCCUGUAACAGAUAUGAUGCAGAAAGCUCUGUUUGACUUUCUGAAGCACCGCUUUGAGGGGAGUGCUUCACACGCUUGUUUGUUCUCUAUCCAGGAGCUUUUCGACAUCAUUCUUGAUGAGAAUCAGCUGGAAGACGCCUGUGAGCACAUGGCUGAUUAUCUGGAGGCCUACUGGAAAUCCACUCACCCUCCCAGCGUCCCUCAGACAAAUCCUCUGCUGGAGAAACUCACCACAGUCACUGCAGCUGCAGUCGCCUGCAAGGACUCACUGACUAAUCCACAAUCAAAGGGCAGAGUGGGCGAGCAGACAGCAGAGAGACCAGCGGACGACAGGACGGGCUUUUAUGAAGACUACCAUCAUCAUCAUCAUCACUACCAAACUCAGAAGCAAGGACGUUUGGAAGACGACAACACUGAGGAGCAAGACGCUAAAGCUAACAACAACCAAAGUGAAUGGAGAAGUGGUCACAAACACCACAGCCAUCAUCAUCAUCAUCAUCACCACCGCCAUCACAGUCGCACCACGAGGACGCUUUACAAACAAGAGACGUCAGAGUGCACAUAUCCAGAACCUCUCGCUGGACAAACGCAGGAAGAGGAACCACCAAACCAUCAUCACCAUCAUCACCACCAGGGUGACAAAGAGAAGGAAUACGACCACAACGAGAGGAACGGCCAGCAAAGAGGAAAGCAGAGGUCACAACGAGAACCUCAUCAUGAGCGGGACAGGAAACGAGGAGAGGCGGAAUGGGCGAGAGAGCAUUACAUAGAGCAUGGUCACAAACACCACAGCCAUCAUCAUCAUCAUCAUCACCACCGCCAUCACAGUCGCACCACGAGGACGCUUUACAAACAAGAGACGUCAGAGUGCACAUAUCCAGAACCUCUCGCUGGACAAACGCAGGAAGAGGAACCACCAAACCAUCAUCACCAUCAUCACCACCAGGGUGACAAAGAGAAGGAAUACGACCACAACGAGAGGAACGGCCAGCAAAGAGGAAAGCAGAGGUCACAACGAGAACCUCAUCAUGAGCGGGACAGGAAACGAGGAGAGGCGGAAUGGGCGAGAGAGCAUUACAUAGAGCAGUGACACACGUGCCACAUACACACUCACCUCAAUCUUAUGUGUUUUUACAGGCCAAUGUAAUGUAUAUGACACGUGUAUCCAUACACGACUUUUCCAAGUGUGGACACAUUAAAUAAAGACAAUUAUAUAUAAUUUAAUAUGGCAUGAAUGAUGAAAUUCUCUUUAAAGAUUGUAGAAUUUUGUGUAUUUAUUU